AUGGUCGCAUGCCUUUCCAUCCAGAGCAAACUCAGCCAGGAGGGUAGAACAAGGAUUAUGGAAGGGUCGUGGAAACACAAUGGACAGGGCGUGGCCAAUAAUAGCCAAUUAAAGACGUCUUCCAAAAGACUAAAUUGCACGACCGGGGUUCUGACGACAGCAACUGGUUGGAACUUGACGCAAUUCCGUAGUGGAGGCUGCACGUUCGAAACGAAUCUGGCAGGAUUGGCCUUCGAAGGGGAGAGGUGGAAACAUGCGAACAAGGAACUUUCGGCAAUUGGAGCAGGAAAGGGUUUGAUUGGCAGAAUUCUCAAUUAA